AUGUGGCUCGAACUUGACGCGUUGGUGCUACAAUGGAUCAUCGGCACUGUCUCAGACGGCCAUCUGCCUCGUUUAAUGGGUCAGGUUUCGAACGCCCGUGCCGCGUGGCUCAAACUAGAGAAGAUGUACCUGAGUAACAAAAAGGCUCGGGCAGCUGCCUUAGAAACACAGUUCUGUAAUCUGACUCUUGCAAGUUGUUCGUCUGUGGAUGAUUAUUGUGAGCGGCUCAAUGAUUUGGCAAACCAACUGGAGGAUGUCGACCAACCGGUCACCGAGUCUCGUCUCGUGCUACAGCUUGUCAGGGGACUCCCACAAGAAUACGACACCACCGCGUCUCUCAUCCACCAAAACAACGCGGAUUGGGAUACCGUUCGGACAAUGUUACAGGAUGAAGUUAUACGCAUGGAAGCUCGUAAGUCCGCUGCCUCCUCUGUCCUUCUUACUCAACAACAACAACAACAUCCCAUUAACGCCUCUUCGGCCACAAACCACCCGAGCCCCAACCCAAACCCGAAUUCGUAUCCUACUUCUUAUGGGACGCGAGGUAGGGGGAGGGGACGGGGUCCGCGAUAUCGAUCCAAUAGAGGCGGAUGCGGACGCGGGACAGGGAGAGCACAAUCCGGAUGGGUUCAACAAAUGCAGAAUUAUCCUAACUGGGCUUGGUGGGCUCCUCCGCCUUGCCCGUACCCUACUCAACCCGCCUGGCAGCAGUCUAAUUUCAGCCCACAGCAGCCCAUGGCCCAGCAGCCCUUCGGAUCAGCCUUCUCAGGCCCGUCACAGCCCAACAGCAGCCCGCAGCAGACUGUUCAGGCCCAGUACAGCGGCUUUAUUCCUGCUCAGCCUUCGGACCCUUCCGGUUAUAGGUAUAAUGCCCUCAGUCCGUCCGACUUAAGUGCAGCACUUUCCUCUUUGUAG